AUGGAAGCUAGAGCACCACCCUCUAAAGUACUCUUUAUUAGAGACAUACCUGCUGGUAUGACAAAUGACGAGUUUGAUCUUCUUUUCUCAAACCUACCCGGUUUUGUUUCAAUCAGAAGAAAACCAAACUUUGCAUUUGUCGAGUUCAAAGAUAGAGGGUUUGCAACUAGUGCCAUGAGAAGAUAUUCAGGUUAUAGACAUCAUCCAACAGAUAGACCACUCUCAAUCGAUUUCGAUAGAGAUCCCAGAUCAAGAGACGAUUAUCCACCACAAGUAUUAGAUACCCAACCACCACCAUCCCACUACACUGAUGAAGGAAGAGGAGGAGACAGAUACGAGAGUAAUAGAGAUAGUUACACUGAAGAUGAAGAUAGAUCAGAAAAGCAUAGAAAGUACUCUGAUCCAAGUAGUAGUGCAAUCACAAAGACAGAUCCAUCAUCAGUAGACGAAAAGAAGCGUAGUAGAUCAGAUUAUGACAGAUUCGAAAAAGAUAGAUCAAAGUAUAGAGAUAGUUAUUUUGAAAGAGAUGAAUAUCCUUCAAGAGGAAGAGAAUUUGAUUCUCCACCAAUUCCAGGUUAUGAACAUAUGAUGUUCCCAACUGCUAGAGUUCCACCACCUCCAGGUCAAUUUAAAGAUCCACAAUCAACAUUAUUUGUUUCAAAUUUACCAAAGGAUGUAACUGAAAGAGAAUUAUCAAUUCUAUUUAGAUUUAUGAGAGGAUUUAUUAGUUGUAGAUUGGUAAUUAGAGAAGGUAAAUAUCCAAUUUGUUUUUGUGAUUUUAGAGAUAUUCCAUCUGCAAUAAUGGCAAUGGAAAUACUUCAAGGUUAUAGAAUGGAUCCAAAUGAUGUCUCUAGCAGUAUCUCUAUCGAAUUUGAUAGAUCAAGAAACAAUCCACCAAAAUUCAAAUAA